CUUGUGAACUACACACUAAGGUUGGGUGAGAACUGUCUUGUCCUGGCAGCGGUGGACAUUGGCCACUCAGAGCCCUGGACCCUCAACACCUACACACUCCACUUAACCAGACAACCUCCAUCUGUGCCAACACCAGAUCUCGCUAUCCAUGCCCAUCAGGUCUGCGCCCUCAAGCAGGAAUGUGAGCUGAGGAUUGCACCCUCAGAGCCAUGUGGCCUGAGCACUGAGUCGUCUUUUAAUUCUUGGAGAGACUUCCUCACCCACAGCCAUGGUCUUCCUGCCUGCUUACAAGGUGAUGUUCAUGCUGGUGUUCUUGGGCAACAGCACCAACAGAGGGAAGUUAUACUCGCUCCUUCAGCGACUCGAUGGCAGCCUCACCUCCUGAGACAAGACUCAUGAUUUGAGGGUCAUUUGCAGGGCCAACCAUGGCCACACCACCUUUGCCUUUGCCUACUAUCCCAAAUUUUGUCUUUGGUCUUUGACCAAACACUCUACCAGAUCCUGCAUAGGACUGGCCCACUACGUAACAGCUCGGACACCAUCGUGGUAGUGGGUGGCGUCCACUGGGUUGCUAUCCAUCACUUGCAUAUGGUCACCACUGCUCUUCACAG